AUGGUCAAAGAAGCGGACGAUAACAUCUUGCAGCAGUUCGAGCAGGCCAAAGACGAUGACCGCAACGUCCCAGCAGAGGCUGCGGGCCCGGACGUGGGCUGCGUUUCCAAAUCGACAGGGCCGCCGUCUGUCGCAUUUUCACAGCAGUCCAGACAGUCCAGGGGGCCGAGAUCAAACUCUGCAGAUCUGCAACGACGCGGCUGCUUACGGCGCUGUAUUUGGUACCAUUCACAGCAGCCUGACUCGGCAAUCAUGCUGCCGUAUUGGUUGUUUGCCUACUGCUGCCAAGUGGUGCUAACUGCGGGCGCCUUCGCGUUCUUCCUAGUCCUGGGUACAGUGCUCCUCUUGCAGUCUGGGUCUCUCCAAGAGGUGAUUGUCCCUUACACUGCAAACAUGACAGAGAAGGAAUUCUCGAUAGAUCAAGCUUUUGAGGAUGACGUGCUCGUGUACUACGACUUGAGUCUCCUCGCCAACCACAAAAGUUUCGCGGAAAGCAAAGACAAAAGGGUUGCCUACACAUUCCUGUCAGCGGCAACCUGUACCCAUGCGGACAGCCGCUCUUGGGUUAGGCUACGCCGGGGCGUCGACACCACAUUCGUGACCAAGGUAGAAGCUGCGGAUGGUGAUGAUCUGAUUCCUUGUGGUCUCGUGUCGCUUUCCAUGUUCACGGACAACUUUACAUUUUACAAAGAUACCAGCGCUGGUUGGGAAACGCUGGAUGCCAAUGAAUCUGACAUCGCCCUUGCAUCAGACGAGGAAGCGUACGGGAAGAUCAAUUCUCCGCUUGAAGGCGAGGAGCGCUUUUACAUAGAGGAGUUGGACCGAAGGACACAGACCUGGCUGACCCCAAGCUCCGUUGAGCACUGGAAGGUGUGGUACCGAACUCCAGCUUCCCCACAUGUUCGCAAUUUAUGGGCGGUAAUCAAGGGAGGACUACCUCAAGGGAGCUACAAGGUGCAGUUUCAGGAGAAUAGUCAGAUCUGGCAUGACUGGGGAGUGGCAGAGAAACGCCUCAUUCUCGCUCAGAGGCACGGCCUUGGCAACCGAGGGGCUGUCGGAGCCAUGGGAGGACUGUGUCUUGCUUUAGCUGCCGUGGAGGUGGUUGCUUUGGUAGCCAUGCUCCUGACUCCACGGUUUUGUCGCUCCUCCAGGCCUGCGGUGCAACCCGAGCGCCAACAUCUUUGA